AUGUUCUGUCAAUGGUUAUUUACCAUCAAAUUGAUAUGCCUUAUUUGCUUUGUUUCUGGUCAGAACAGUAGCAAUACACAACCACUUGAUUAUAGAUAUGCUUGUUUGGACCAAUCUUCUGUUCCUCCUUCUACAACAUACCAAACCAACCUCAACAAUCUGAUAUCUUCACUCUCAUCUGAUUCUGCUACAAGCAAUGGUUUUGGAAAUAGAAGUUCAGGUGAUGAUCGAAGCAACAUGGUUUAUGGACUCUACCUAUGUCGUGGCGAUGUUAACAAAAGCCUUUGUCACUCAUGUGUGCAAAACUCUAGCAGAUUACUCAAACAGCACUGCCCAAAUAAUGCCACAGCUAUUUUAUGGUACCCCUUUUGUCUUCUGAGGUACUCAAACCAGAAUUUCUUUGGCAACCUCACAAUCAGGCCCAGGAUUCCUAUGUUCGAUGCGACGCAAAAUUUUACUAGUGCUGGAGAAUUUGACAGUGAUGCUAGGAUUUUGAUGAAUGGUUUGAUACAAAUGGGAUCAGAGAAUCCUUUGAUGUUUGGAACACACAUGUUCAACAUAAAUGGUACACAAAGAAGGUAUGGUUGGGUGCAGUGCAGCAGGGAUAUUACUAGUGAUGAAUGCAGAACAUGUUUGAGCAAUAUGCUUCAGGAUGUUGAAAAUUGUUGUGAAGAGAAGAAGGUGUGGCGUAUCUUUUCUCCAAGCUGUAUUGUGAUGUAUGAAACACAGCCAUUUUUUUUGAAUGAUACACUGCCUGCUGCUCCAGCACCUCAGCAAGGUAUGAGCUUGAUUCUUUUAGCUAUGUUUUUAUGUUCAUCCUAAUAUUUUGUACUAUUCAUCUAGAACCAAUUUGCUAUGAUCUAUUGAUCUAUAGGAGCAUCACUGACACUGGUACCCCCUAAAUUAUGUUUGAGAACUUGUACUUCUUUUCUUGAAGAUUGCCGUGUUAGACAGUUUUCAAAAUUUAUACCCUCAAAAGUGACAACUUGUGUUGCUUUGAUUCUGAUUGAUUUCAUCUACACAAAUUAGUCCUAUGAGGGAAGAAAACCAUUUACAUGUUGACAACUUGGUAAGAUCAACUUGACAAUUUCAGAGACGAAUGUACACUUUUAGGGACCAUGGGGACACAAGUUACCAGUUUAAGAACCAAUAUUUAUAUUAUUCUACUAUUGGUCAUAAAAUUGUGUAAGCACUAGUAUGGGGAGGUGGAGGUAUGCUAAAUGUCGCUAGUAGCAUUCUAUUGUGGGAUUCAAGUAGCUUCCCAAGGGACUUGGUGCCACAUGAGCUAAUUUUCUUCCGGAAACAUGUUUUAGUCUUGCAUUUAUUUGCUAUCUUUUAAGUAUAAUAUAAAGGCAAAAACUCCGUAAAAAUUGUAUAACAAAGCCUAAAAUAACAAUUAUUUCCACUUCUUCACCAUUUUUCACAAAUGAUACACAUUGUUUGUCUUGUUA